ACAUUAUUCAGCAAGCCUUGCUCAUGUUGCCCAAAAAAUUUCAUAUUUUUAGCAUCAUUUUUAACGAAGAUGUCACUGAAUGUGUCUUGACGUCCAUAAGAUUACGCGUUGUUUGGCCCAAAUUGUUAUUGAUUUUUCUCUGCAACGACGCUCCUAAACUGUCUGAAAAUUUAAUUAACUGAUUUUUUUUUACACUUCACUUUAUAAGAUGCAAUCGGUUAUUAAAAGCGAUGACAUAAUUUUCAUUCUAAUAUGCCUUAACUUCCUUAAAAGAUGAAAAUAUUAAGGCAAAAUCUCGCGUGGAUCAUCCAUGCACAUUCGAAAGUUUUUUCUUUCCACCCGGUAUAAUUCGAAGCUGAGAGUGUGUAUUGCGUGUACUCGAUGCAACCGAUCAACUUUCCAGUCUCUCCCGACGAUUAAUGAGCUCCGCGUAGACUUGCUCAUAAGGUUUUGAACGUUUACGACACAGUCUUGAGCGAGUGUUUCGCCGGAUCGGUCGACACCGAUCGUGCGCCGGUUCAUAAAUAUCCGAUUCGAUAAAUGGGCAUAAGCAAAAGAAGAAAAUAAUCGCGAGCUCGAUUAAUCGAGCAGUCCUUAUCGCAGAUAUUUGUAGCUUUAUAAACUCACUAGCGAAAGAUUAAAACAAAGAGAGAGAAAGAGGAAAAUAGAAAUAGGCAGUUUCUUAAAAAUUGUUUAUUAUAGAACCACAUCACAAUGUUAUCGCGAAAUCUCAAAUUACGAUGGACGCACCCCAAAAAAUUCAGCACAUACGAUUUGUCAGAGAUGCCGGAAUGCAACUACGUUCCUUCGAUUUAUAGCGGAGCGACUUACGACACCGUGAGAGAAUCGCGAACUAAAAACGUAUCCCCGAGUCACAAACCUUUUUACAAAACACCUUUGUUGAUACACGAGGGUCGUGAUCAGUGGCUAUGGGAUCACACAGGACGAAGAUAUCUCGACAUGUUUGGCGGUAUUGUCACCGUCUCUGUUGGUCAUUGCCAUCCAAAAAUAGUAGCUGCUGCGUCAACACAGCUUGGAAGACUGGCUCAUACAACUUCGAUUUACAUGCACUCGGGUUUUUAUGAAUACGCAGAAAAAUUGAGAUCGAAAUUACCGAAUGAACUGAGCGUUGUUUACAUGGUAAACAGUGGAUCCGAAGCUACGGAUUUGGCUUUCCUCAUGGCCAGAUUGUACACAGGAGCCCACGAUAUAAUAUCUUUGCAAAAUUGUUAUCACGGGGCUGGUAUUGGGUCGGUUGCUUCGACAGCCAUGUCGACAUGGCGAUAUCCGGUGUCUCAGCCACCUGGUUAUAUUCACGCAAUGAAUCCCGAUCCGUACAAAGGACUCUGGGGCGGUCCGCAGUGUCGCGACUGUCCGGUCCGUUCCAAACCGCAAAACUGUGAUUGUACCGAAAACGAUUGUUUCGCAUCGGACAAUUAUUUGGAGGAAUUUAAAAAAGUUUUCAAGUACAGUUCGCCUGGAAAUGGACGCGUAGCGGCUUUCAUUGCAGAGAGUAUCCAAGGGAUUGGCGGCGUCGUACAAUAUCCAAAAUCAUAUUUGAAAAAAGUUUACGAGCUCGUGCGAGACAAAGGAGGCGUUUGCAUCGCCGACGAAGUACAGACAGGUUUCGCUCGAACCGGCGAUCAUUUUUGGGGCUUCGAAGGUCAUCAAGUUCAACCGGAUAUCGUGACAAUGGCCAAAGGAAUUGGUAAUGGCUUUCCAAUGGGCGCUGUUGUAACGACACCGAAAAUCGCUGCUGUACUCGACAAAGCUUUGCAUUUCAAUACUUUCGGCGGCAACCCGGUCGCUUGUGCCGUAGGAUCAGCUGUUCUUGACGUAAUAGAAGAAGAACGACUUCAGGAAAAUGCGUUGACGGUGGGAACUUAUAUGCUGCAUCGUUUGAGCACUCUUAAGCUCGAUCACCCAAAUAUUGUUGGUGACGUUCGUGGCAAAGGAUUAAUGAUCGGUGUGGAGCUCGUGAGUGAUCAAGCCACGAGAGCGCCUCUCUCGACUAAUCAUAUGCUUGAAAUAUUUGAGGAUAUAAAAGACAUGGGCGUUUUGGUUGGCAAGGGAGGGCUCGACGCUAAUGUGUUGCGAAUAAAGCCUCCGAUGUGCGUUACCAAGCAGGACGUCGAUUUUACCAUUGAAGUUUUUAAGUCAGCGUUCGACAAAUUUCGUGACAAACACUUAAAGAACAAGGAAGCAGUAUAUUUUGGUGCAGUCUGAUAAGAACGAAACCUUUGAGUUGUUCUUCCGGUACAACAACUAAAAAUAUUCAAGAAAUAUUCACUAUUUUUCUGUGAUGAUUCCUCAACUUUGAAAAUAAGAAAAUUCAAUUUUUAUACGAUUUAUAUACGGAUAAGAAAAAAGUACAUUAUGUUUUUACAUCAUAUUUUGUAUUUUUGUACAUUAUUGCAGUUUUACAAAUUUUAAACAACACUCCCGUUAUCGUAAUAACGCUUGUUUUUAUGGUAACAACCUUGCGUGAGUUAUAAAUAAGUUUUAUAAAACGUAUGACACUGUCCGAAGUGUCAGAUGUUUUUUUUUUUUUUUAUCAUAUUCACAGUUAUUUGUAAUUAACAUCGAUCCGGUGUACAGGAACGAACACGUACAUGAAGAUCAUACUUUUCCUUUCGACUAUGUACAUUUCGUUGUAAAUAUAAAAUAUAUGUGUAUA